AUGUCCUGGGCACUGCUGUUGCAUCGUGUUGAGCUGAAGAAGAGACUAGCCAAGGUGUACGAGGUGAAGGACCCUAACACCAUCUUCGUCUUCAAGUUCCACACCUACUUCGGAGGAGGCAAGUCCACUGGCUUCAGCCUCAUCUACGACAACCUCGAGGCCGCCAAGAGUACCGCCUCAUCAGGGUUCUUUCUUGCAAUAGACCAUCCUUCUAGUGAAGUUUUGAUUGCUGAAGCUGAAUCUUUUGCAUUGCUGUUACGCUCAGGGAAGAAAAUUACGGUUCCUUUUGUGAUAGACCAUCCUACUACUAUUGGAGUUCUGAUUGUGCUGAAGCUGAAUCUUUUACAUUGCUGUUACACUCAGGUGGGGCAGUCACGGUUCCAUAAGCGCCAUGCUGCCAGUCGCCGCCUCAGCCCCCUUGAUGGCCCCCCCAGCCCGCCGUCCUUGCGCGACCGCCUCGUCUCGCCGCAUCACUGCCUCCCCGCCUUCAUCUUCAUGUGUCCUCCCGGUGGUGUCAAGGUGAAGUUGGGGGUGGAGAUGGAGCGGAAGCGCGGGCUUUCGUCUGCGACGUCGCGGGCUGGGGCGCCAGGUCCGGAUAGCUUCAGCUUAUUCAUUAUAUUUGUCUGCUUCAUUGCUAGCUCUGCUUUCGCUGGAUCUUCUGAUAUUGAGAAUCUAUACGAUCUGAGGGAUGCAGUUGCUAAAUCAAAAGACUCCCUUUCGGACUGGUUUGGUACAGAAACAUGUCCAUGCAACUGGAGGGGUAUAACUUGUGAGGGAGAUACUGUUGUGGCCAUAAACUUGUCAUCUGUGCGACUGCAUAUCCCUUUUCCGUUAUGCAUCACGGCAUUCCGGUCACUUGGUAUGCUCAACUUAAGUGGGUGUGAUUUAUCUGGUCAGAUUCCAGAAGCAUUGGGAAAUUUGCAGCAACUCCAGUACCUGGACCUGAGCAGUAACCAGCUUGCUGGGCCCAUACCUUUCUCAUUAUAUGAUUUGAAGACGCUGAAAGAAAUAGUGCUUGACAGAAACAGCGUGUCUGGACAACUGAGCCCUGCCAUUGGCCAGCUUCAGAACCUCACUAAGUUAUCGAUAUCGAGGAACAACAUCUCUGGAGAACUUCCUCCAGAGCUGGGCAGUCUGAAGAACCUAGAGGUCCUCGACCUUCAGCUGAACAGAUUCAAUGGAUCGAUACCGGAAGCUUUUGGAAACCUAACUCGGCUCUUCUACCUUGAUGCAAGCCGAAAUAAGCUCACUGGUUCAAUAUUUCCUGGAAUAAGCGCAUUGCUGAACCUGCUGACAAUUGAUUUCUCUUCAAAUAGUUUGGUGGGGCCAAUCCCUAAUGAGAUUACUCAUCUGAAAAUGCUGGAGCGUUUAGCUUUGGGGUUCAACCAUUUCACUGGAGGGAUUCCAAAAGAGAUCGGUAACAUGAAGCACCUAAAAGAACUCUCUCUCACUGAAUGCAGCUUAUCAGGCACCAUCCCUUGGUCAAUUGGUGGUCUUGGAAGCUUAGUGGAACUUGACAUAUCAGGCAAUGACUUUAACUCAGAACUCCCAGCGUCUGUUGGUGAUUUGGGCAAUAUGACUAUCCUGAAUGCAAGGAAGGCAAAGCUCGUAGGGCGUAUACCAAAACAGCUUGGCAACUGCAAGAAGCUUACUCUUCUACGUCUGUCUUUUAAUUCCUUCACUGGCAGUAUACCUGAAGAACUUGCAGGUUUAAAAAAUAUUGCCCAUUUUGAAGUGGAAGACAACCAACUGUCAGGUACUAUUAGUGAUUGGAUUAAAAAAUGGGCAAAUGUUGUUUCUGUAAACCUUGGAAAUAACAAGUUCUAUGGUUUGGUACCACCUACCAUAUGUCAAGCCAAGUUGCUGCAGUCACUCGACCUGCAUUGUAACGAUCUGACUGGGAGUAUCAAGGAGACAUUCGAGGGCUGCAAAAACCUGGUUCAUCUGGAUUUGCAAGGUAACCAUUUCCAUGGUGGGAUACCUGAAUACUUGGCUAAGCUACCGCUCACGAUACUGGAUUUGUCCUACAACAAUUUCACAGGAGAGCUACCUGGCAAGUUGUUUGAGUCAUCAACCUUUUUGGAACUCAGUCUCGACAACAAUAACCUUACUGGCCAUAUACCUGAGAGCAUUGGCAAGCUCCACAGCUUGCAGAGGUUGCGGAUGGGCAGUAACCACUUGGAAGGACCUAUCCCACUGGCAGUCGGCGCUCUAGAGAAUUUGACAGAAAUAUCUCUUGAUGGGAAUAGACUAUCUGGGAGCAUCCCGCAAGAGCUCUUCAACUGCAGAAACCUAGUCAAGCUAAACCUGAGCUCUAAUAGUCUGAUGGGACCCAUCCCGAGGUCCAUAUCUCAGUUGACUUCAGUCACUGGCUUGGUUUUGUCUCACAACCAGCUCUCUGGUUCCAUUCCUGCUGAGAUAUGUGGGGGUUUCACGAACCCAACUCAUCCUGAAUCAGAGUAUGUUCAACAUCACGGCUUUCUUGAUCUGUCAUAUAACCUGUUGAGUGGUCGUAUCCCCCCCGCGAUCAAGAAUUGUGUUAUUCUGGAGGAGCUACUCCUGCAAGGUAACUUGCUGAAUGGAUCUAUUCCUGCAGAGGUUGCUGAGCUGAAGAAUAUUACGAAGAUUGAUCUCUCUUUUAAUGCAUUAGUUGGGCCUAUGCUUCCUUGGUCUGCGCCAUUGCUCAAGCUGCAAGGCCUUUUUCUCUCUAAUAACCACCUAAGUGGCAAUAUUCCUGCUGAGAUAGGCCGCAUUCUUCCCAACAUUGCAGUUCUAAACUUGUCCGGUAAUGCAUUUAUGGCUACUCUGCCCCAAUCUCUACUAUGCAGCAAGACUCUGAACCGUCUAGAUGUCAGUAACAAUAACCUCUCUGGUAAAAUCCCGCUAUCUUGUACUGGCUAUGGAGAAUGGUCGAGCUCACUGAUCUUCUUCAAUGCAAGCAGUAACCAUUUGUCAGGGAGCCUAGAUGAGUCUAUCUCAAAGUUCAGACAACUGUCUUAUCUUGAUAUCCACAACAAUAGCCUCACCGGAAGCUUGCCAUCAGCAUUGUUCAAUCUUAGUUUUUGGGGCUAUCUUGAUCUCUCAAAGAAUGAUUUCAGUGGUGCCAUUCCUUGUGGUAUAUGCAAUAUAUCAAACAACGGAUUUGUCAAUAUCUCUGGCAACAAUUUUGGCAUGCAUAGCUUAUCAGAUUGUCCUGCAUCAGGCAUUUGUGCUGCAGAUAGUAUCAAUCGUAGGGGCAGCCAUACCCCUCAUGUAAUUCUAACAGUAGUGGCCAUUUGUGUUGCUGUCACCGUCGUCAUUGUGGUUCUUCUGGUAUUUUUUCUGAGAUGGAAGCUGUUGAGGAACAACAGGUCACUGCCUCUUGUCCCUACCACUGCCAGUCAAUCCAGUGCUACAACUGAGCCAAGCUCAAUGGAACCUCCGAGCAUCAAUCUCGCUACAUUUGAGCAUGCACUGCUGAGGUUCACCCUAGAGGAUAUCCUGAAAGCUACCAAUAAUUUCAGUAAUGUGCACAUCAUAGGCCAAGGUGGCUUUGGGACUGUCUACAAGGCAGCGCUGCCUGAAGGCCGGAGAGUCGCGAUAAAGAGGCUUUACGGUAGCCACCAGUUCCUCGGUGACCGCCAAUUCCUUGCCGAGAUGGAGACCAUCGGAAAGGUGAAGCAUCGUAACCUUGUUCCCUUACUUGGCUACUGCGCUCGUGGUGAUGAGCGUUUCCUCAUCUAUGAACACAUGAGUCACGGGAGCCUUGAAACGUGGCUGAGGGACCGAGCAAAUGCUCCUAAAGCAAUUGGAUGGCCUGACCGUCUCAGGAUCUGCAUCGGUUCUGCCCACGGGCUCAUGUUCCUCCACCAUGGCUUCGUGCCCCGUAUCAUCCAUCGGGACAUGAAGUCGAGCAACAUCCUGCUGGACGAGAACAUGGAGCCCAGGAUCUCAGACUUUGGCCUCGCAAGGAUAAUCAGCGCGUAUGAUACUCAUGUCAGCACCAACGUUGCCGGCACGCUUGGCUACAUUCCCCCAGAGUACGCGAUGACCAUGAAAUGCACGGCCAAGGGGGAUGUCUUCAGCUUCGGCGUCGUCAUGCUGGAGGUGCUCACCGGGCGGCCACCUACAGGGCAAGAGGUGGAAGAAGGGGGUGGGAACAUUAUUGACUGGGUGCGGUGGAUGAUCGCGCAGGGUCGGGAGGGUGAGCUGUUUGAUCCUUCCUUACCAGUCUCAGGUCUGUGGCGGGAACAGAUGGUGCGUGUGCUUGCCAUCGCUCUGGACUGCACCGCCGACGAGCCACGGAAUAGGCCGACCAUGCCGGAUGUGGUGAAGGGCCUCAAGAUUGCUGAGCUGAUGGAAAGUGAACCUCACGACCUCCCUGGACGUGUGGCGCAGCCAUGA